UCUCACUCGCAACCUCUCAACAUGAAGGCAGUCAUUGUUCUCGCUCUGCUGGCCGUGGCUGUGGCUGACAAACUGCCCUUGACCAACCCUCCCGUGGCCAUCCUCCGCAGCAGCCAAGUCAACCCCGACGAGCUCGGUGCCCACAGCUCCGACUUCGAGGCCGAGAACGGCAUCGUGUUCCAGUUCUCGGGCUCUGAGGGUGUCAACGGCGGAGCCAACAUGGUCGGAUCUUUCAGCUACCCCCAGGAGGACGGCUCUCUGGCCGAAGUGAAAUUCGUGGCCAACGAGAACGGAUACCAGCCCGAGUCCUCCCUCCUGCCCGUGGCCCCCGCCUUCCCCCACCCCAUCCCCCAGUUCGUCCUCGACCAGAUCGAGUUCGCGCGCCUCGAGGACGAGCGUAAGGCUCUCGAGGCUCAGGAGGAAUAAUCCGAAGCCUUAACAUAAGAUAUUGUGAUAAUUCAUAUAGUGAUAUGAAUCGACUCCGUGGCGAGAAGUAUUUAUUUAAUACAUCAUCAUGAAUUAAUA